AUGACGGCGAAUGUGAAAUUACAAGAAUUUGGCGAUGGCGCUUUCAACGAUCAACCUGAAAACUACGCCGGACUGAAAUUCCCUCCUCUUUUAACUUCCAUGGCGUUGAAUUACAUGAGCCAAACCAAAAUCCCAGUAAUCAUCCCAUUCGCUUCCCGAUUAACAAGACUCGAUCUUCUUUACGCUCUAUUGACAAUUAUGACAUGGCUUGCAAUUCCCGAAACAAAUACCCUGCACAAGUUUUCAACAAUGAAAACCAUAGGCUUAACUUAUUAUCGAGGCUAUGAAGUGACAGUUGAGAACUUUUUGAGAGUUUUAACAGGUCGCCAUGAAAAUGUUGUUCCAAGAUCCAAACGUCUUUUGAGUGAUGAAGGAAGCCAUAUACUGUUAUACAUGACAGGACAUAGAGGAGAUGAGUUUCUGAAAUUUCAAGACUCUGAUGAACUUCAGAGUCAUGAUUUGGCUGAUGCAGUCAAACAGAUGAAAGAAAAGCAUAGGUUCAAGGAACUGUUGAUUAUGGUAGAUACAUGUCAAGCUGCUACCCUCUUUUCCCAGCUCCAUUCACCUGGUGUUUUGGCUAUUGGGAGUAGCAUGAAAGGGGAAAACUUAUAUUCAUAUCACUUAGAUUCUGAUCUGACUUUCUUUGAGAGGCUCAACAUGUAUGACAAUGCAUCAUUAAUCAGUCUGUUUGGCUCAUUUAAUCCAAAUUUACUGCUGUCAACUGCAUAUUAUCGAACAGAUUUAUACCAACAAGAAUUGGAGAAGCAUGUUAGCAGCUUAUUAUUCUUAAAGCUGAUUGUAUGGAACUACAGAUUAUGGUGCUCUCCUUUAUCACUGUGGAUUUUACAAGGAAUCCUUGAAAUACCUACACUUAUAUCAGGAUUCACAUAUUUUGAAGAAUUUUUUGAAAAUAUUGAAGAGGUGAAAAGUGAUAAAUUGAAGAAAAUAUGGAAAUUUUGA